AUGGCCCCUCGUCGGCGAUUAGAUAAUAAGGACGCAAAGCAUCGCUCGGCGGAGUACUAUAUUAGCCAGCGCAAGACGUUCAACAAAGCCGAAGUCAACGUGCGAAACCACAGCCCGUCGACCAGGACGCUGAAGAAUCUGGUCCACAAGAAAUGGGAAGAGUAUUUUCGCAUCGUGGACGGUGAUGCUGUAGAGGCGCUCAAGAACUUCGAAAUGAUAGAUAUCUACGGUUUCUUUGACUGGUGGAUCGAAGAGUCAUGCGGAAGUUUUGACGCUUGCUCCACGUUGCAGACCUAUUGGAACGUGCUGGGUCUUGUACGCCAUGAAAAUUUCCAUCUGAUGGUGGAUCCGACCACAAAGGAAGAGGCCACGAAUGCAAGGCAAUCGCUUGCGGUAAAACAUCGACUCCGAAAAGAACCCAAAGAAAAGCCGAUCAUGCGAGCGGAGGACGAGUUUGAGUGCCUCCAGACUCUAUGGAGCUCCCGAGAGAUCAUCUUCGAUUUGGAAUUGCACCGCCUCGUGCUUGCUCUCAUCAUCCAGCUAGCGGGCAUCACGGGUAACCGGCCGAAAGCACUCCUCACCCUUCGCUACAGGCACGUCCAGGUAGCCUUGCUUCCCGACCCUAGAGGGGGCAGCCGACCACGGGUCUUGAUCGAAUUGAAAUUUGAGCAGACCAAGGGUUACCUAGGUCAGAAGGAUGCCAAUACCAUUCCUGUUCCAGAUAUCCUUAACGAGACUUGUUUGAUGCUUUGUCCGCACAUCACUCUUCUCGCCCUGGCCUUCAGGCGCGGCGCAUUCGCCGUGCCCGAUUUGACGCCGGCGCAGUUCUACGACCUGAAAGUGCUUCCUGGACAACGACAACAGUUGAUUCCAUGGAAAGAGGAGGUGCAAGACGACUAUCUAUUCCCGAGAUCAGUGAAGACGUCACUGGGGAUCGAGGUUGGCCAUGAUCACCUUCCAUACGAUUCCCUGCGCCAACGAUUGGCCAAGAUCGGCGAGGUCACCGGAAUGGCAUUGCCCGUAGGAGCGUAUUGCUUCCGACGAGGGAAUGGAGAAGCUUUGGACAGCAGCAGCCACAUCAGCGAGGCACAGCGUAAUCUAUGCCUACAACACGGGCCCAACUCGGCUGUAUUCCAGCGAAACUAUCUAUCGCGACACAUCACUGCUGACACACAGGCGGCGUUCCGUGGACUCGAACCCCAGACGGAUGUGAUGCGUGUGGCUACCGGCAUGAGCCGUACUAUCGACAAACGGCGCCCUACUCGCCUCAACCCGGAGCAGCAGGAAGAGGCUCAUCGUCACCCUCGGGUACAGAAAUUACUUCGGGAGAAACUUGAUCUGAAGGCGCAAAUGAAGGACCACGGCCGAACUGUGAAGAGCUUCGAAGGUACUGCUCUGUAUGAUAGGUACCGGCUUGCUAAGCAAGCGUACGAGGGCGAAUAUAUCUUCCAGCAGAGGUCGCUAUUGAGACAAAUGAAACAAGUCUUCAACUCUCAACAGCCCGUAUUCGAUAUUGAGAGUCAGAUACGCAAGACAGGCUCUGAUAACGAGGAUGGAUCUAAGUCUCUUUUGUCGACGCGGCCCGAGCUGAUACCUGAACGCGUUGCAGCACUUGAAGCUCUUUUGCAGCUAGUCCCAUCCUCGCCGGGAUCAGAACACGAAGACCGGGCUAAAGCCGUGCAGACACUUGUCGAAUUAGCUCACGUACAAGACGGGCACCCCGUUGUCGUACGGCGUCAAGCGCGUCGGCUCCUCAGUCCGCUCCCUGCGCCCGAGAGACCCCUAUCCUUAGACUGUAAGCCACUGCAAUGCUUCCUCUGCCUUGGGAACGCAAAGAACCCUGUGGCGCAGCGAUCGUGGGAGUUUCACAGCAGAGGUGACUUGAAGAAGCAUCUCCUUCGUCACGCGCAAAAGCAUGAGGGCAAGUGGCCUCUUACAUGUCCCAUAGACGGGGAACGGAUCAUUCACCAGCAGCAUUUGUUAAGUCAUGCACACGCCAAACACAAGACGCCCUUGAUUAUAAGGUAA